AUGAAUAGAAUAGAUGUAAUGAAAGUUUUGGGGAUUCCAUUAGAGAUUGUGUUUGAUGGAUGCAUUGGGGAAGACGUACAAUCAAAUGUGAUUGAUUUGAUUGAGAAGAGGACAUUCUUUAGAGUGAAGCAACGGGAUGUAAGCAUGGACAGCUUGAUUUUUGAAGCACUAAAAGACGUAUCAUUUUCCAUGUGUGAUUUGAGGUAUUGGAUUGGAAAAUGCCUGUUUGAUCAAGAGAUUGAGUUUAUGGAGAGUGUGAACGUGAUGGUAUGUGAUAAAAUGCCUACCAGUGCUGUAAAGAAUAGAUAUUGUAUAUGCAUAAAUGAGAUAUCAAGUGCAGAUGAUCUGGAAAUUGUAUUUCAGAGAGUAAUUGAAUUUGAAAUUGAAAAAAGACUUGAUGUAAGUGAAAAGGGAUGGAGUCUUGGUACGUUUUCUAACAUCUUUAGGAACGAUCCUGCUAGGGAUAAACGAGUUGGAGAUGGGCUUUUUUUAGCACAGAGAUAUAAAGAAGCAUAUAAAGUUUAUUCCAGGUACGGAAAAGGAGAGUUUGGGUAUUAUUGUACACAAAUGUCUAUCUACUGUUUGGUAUUGUCGAAUAAGCCUGUACCAAAGGAGAUACUUGAGCGAUUUCAUUGUGCUGGUGAGAAACUGGAUGUGUAUUUGAUAAGGUUGGUGUGUGCUGUGAUUGAUGUUCAGAGUGGGAGAUUGGCAAUCAGGAUUGUGCCGAGUCUUACCUGUGGGUCGCUAUUUAAGGCGUUUGCACAGGAAUGUCUUAAUAAGGUUUUGGAUGGUAAUGGAUAUGCCAGGAAAAGAGCUGCUAUAGCAUAUGAUUGCGCAGUGCUGUUUCUUAAAGCAGGCUUAGCAGAAAGGGCUAUUUCAUGUGCAAGUGUUUUUCUUGGAAUGACAGAUAUGAUGCUUUGCAAAGAGGAUUGUGGAGCCAUCACCAAAGACAUACUUGUUUUUGCUCAAUCGUACAUUCGAAGUAUUGCAGGAAUAAAAAGCAAAGCACUUUUGCAUAAAGGUGCUUUGGAUGAAUACUUGCAAUAUACAAAUUCUCGAGAUUAUUUAUACAAGACAUCUAUCAAUAGGAUUAGAAAUGUAGUGAAGCUUUUCAGGGCAUAUGAAGGAUCCAUAAGCAAAUUCGAAGGAAAACUGAAUACAAAAGAGUCUUUGCUUAUAGAGAGCAAGAUUAGAUGCAUAGCUAGAAUCUUGAAUGGCAAUGGUGUUGAAAGCAUAUGCGAAGGAAAUGGGGAGAUAGCAUUAGGAAAGUUAGGAAAAUAUAUUAUUAAGGAUAUGAUUUUAAAAACGAAUGGAGUUGAUAGAAUAGUCCAAAUAGAGGAAUUGAUUGAUGUUGAUGAAGAAGUGAAAUUUAUGCAUGUAUGCAUGGAAAGUAUAUAUGAGAUGUAUUGUGGAGAGGUCCGCCAGGUUACGUGUAGAGUCAUCAGGAACUAUGAUUCGGAGAUUGUGAUUAGUUUCUGUGGCAUGGAGUUUAUAACAAGCUCGAAUGAGUUUAUCUUUGAUAUGAUGUUUCCUUGUGUUGGGUAUUUUGACGAAGAGGUUGCUAUUGAGUCUGAUGGCAUCAGAGCAUGGCGUAGCAUCAGAUUUAACGUUAUUCCGUCAUUUUCUAUCAGUUUUCUGCACUACAAAUACUGUUUUCCAUUGUUGUUUAUUCGUGUUUUGAAUCACACACGAGAGGAUGCAAGGUUGGCUAAGGUGUCCAGCAUGAACAACCGUUUUGAGGUGUUUGGAAUGAGUGUAGGCACAUUAAGCUUUUCAAGAGAAGAAGCAAUCAAGUAUUUCAAGAAAAAUAUUUUAGGAGUUAAUGGCAAUUAUACCGAGGCCAAUGAGCUCAAGAGCAUUAGCACAAAACCUAGUGGAAGUGUGCAAGAUAUACUUGGAUCUAUGAGCAAGUCUCCACCUGUUAUUUCUGAUCUGUUUUUUCAAGAUAUGGUGUCUGCAGCCAGUGAAGAGAUUUCUCUGGAUGCAAAAACAAACUCAAUAUUUGCUUUUGUUAAACAGUGCAAUAGCAUGAAUGGAAGCAUUUUGAAUUUGAAUGAAGAAGCUCAAGAAAAUAGUCAAAUGUGUGGUUCAUUGCAGAUUGAUAGAGUCUUGGUAAGGAACGCAAGAUUUAUGAUGGUUUCUAAGUACAUUGGAGAGCAUCCAUCCAUUUCUCUGGAUAGCAUAACUCCAUAUGAAUUGCCAAUAAAGAUAGAAAUAAGUGUUUCAUCGGAAAGAAGGUGUGUAUUUGUACCUGGAUGUGUGCUUACAGAGUUGGCACUUGGUGCUUUGGACAUACGAAACACGUGCUUAGGAAAUGCACAGGCUCCAUUUGUUUACAUAACCCAUUCAGCACCGAUAGGACUGAAUGAACCUGCUAUAAUAUAUUUAUGUGUGAGCAAUUACUACCAAAACUCCAAACUGAUGGUAAGUAUAUUACCGAAGCAUGUAAUUGUAUGCAACGAAGAUCGGUCUCAUUGUGUGGGAGAAAUGUCGUUUUCGUUUUUUGAGAUCAGGUGUAUGCUUUUAAGAAGAGGAAGAUACAAUGCCGAUGACAUGGGAGUAACAGUACAUACUGAUGAUGAGCAGAUAGAGUUUGAGUGUGAAGCUGAUGUUGCUGUUGUAUGA